AUGGCGCUACAGAUCUUGAGUCAUAGGGAUGGGGUUCGGAGGAGGACGAAUGAAGGCUCCGGCGAGGUCACUUCCUUUCCCGGAUUCGUUAGAUUGCCACCAGUUCCAGGAUUGGUAGUUGGGCUCUGCUCGCUUGAGUUGGGCGAAAGCGAGCAUCACCGGAUUCUAACAAAGGAGGCUGGAUUCAUGUCAAUUGAGUCAAAAGUCGAAACAAAGAAGUCUUCCCGUCCUACUAAGGCAACUAGGUGUAAGGGCCGGUGUCCCAACUUGAAUAAGGGAGAGGAAGUCAAGCAACGAGACCUCGGUCUAUUCAAAGACGAAGCUUAA